CCUGAUGUAUACAAUCUUGACGUCAUUAUCAAUAAAACCAAAACAUCAACAAACUGACGUGUUGAAGUCGAACAUUUAGAGUUUUACUUGCUGGUUUCAAAAAUGGCUUCCAUCGAGAGGCGACAGCAAGGUGAAGAUCUCAAUGAUUCAUGGAUAGAGCUGCAGAAUUCUAGCCCAAGCCAGACACAGCUUACAGAUCCUGCUGCUCUCCAUUCUGUUUACAACGGCAACUUGGAGAAGCUUUUGAUUGAAGCGCAGAGGGAAUCGCGCACCCCGUCUCGACCCAACAGUAAAGAAUCAUCUACAAGGGGCAGCCCUAAGAGUCCUCACAGUCCUAACAAUGAGUGGGCAGGGGAGUGGAGGUCACGACAGGUAUUGGAUCCAGGAACUGAUUGGAUCUGGGAUUGGUCAAGUCGACCCGAAGUUAUGCCACCAGGGGACUGGAAUGGCAAGUUCCGGCACCCGAUGACGAAGCCGCGCCAACACCCACUGAGUGUACGCCACACGAAUGCCUUAAGACGAGCGGUGUUCACCCUGGAGAACCUGCCCACCCUACUGCUCACUCACGCUGCAACAUUCGUCCUCGGAGCGGCCGUAAUGUUUCUGUUUGCUAAAAAAUAUUGGAAUAUGGCUGCUAUAUCUGCACCAGCCGUUGACUGAGCUUUCGACAUGACGAACAUGACUGCGGGAGUAAGACUGUUUGAAGGAGUUGGUUGCACUAAUCGAUGCAAUGUUCUGUUUUAUCAACGCAGGCCAUUUGCUUUGAACUGCUUUGAUGUCACUGGGAAGUUAGAAUGCUUUUGUCACCUCAGCUCUUCUUGGCCAAGCUGUAUAUGAUCAUAAUGAAAUGCAGUAAACUGUGCCUCUCUACAUAAAGGACACCUUGUAUAUAGUACAUAGUGGACUCCAACAAAAAAAAAAAAACCCAGAUUACACUGGUUUAUAACCUAUUUUUUUUUAGACCAUCUCUGUGCAGUGGUCGAAAUGUUUACUUAUAUCACCAACAGUUAAUUUUGUAAGUGUCAUUUUUUUUUUAAUCCAGUAAAAAAUAGGUUUGUGUAAACUUUUAUAUACAGAAUACAUUUUUAACAUAAUCCAGUACCCACAGAGUGAAUUAGUAAGUGUAUGUGGUGGGGGAGGGGGAGGGGGGGGUAUUUUCAGUUCAACAAGGGGAUGGGAAUUGAAGGGCAGAAAUUGUUUUAGGGUUUUUACAGGUAUGCAUCCCUGAGAAAAUGUGAAUUUCAUGUUUCAAAUAUGGCGUUGCCAUCCUUCUGAGCACAAUAAAAGUGAAAAGUUGUAAUUCCCCAAUCCCAGCCCCUCUACACAUGAUGCACAUACCAUCACCUCUGUUAUGCAGCCACUUUCAUAAUAUUCCUUGGUCAUUAAAGUAAAUUGAUUCUCAUCUUUGUUAACCUAUCUAAAGAAGCCACUUAAUGCAACUAUUUUAGGUGAAUGUUUAACCUAAGUGUAUUCUUUUAUGCAUCCUUAGAAUGUUAAUUAUUAUAUAAAUGUAAUUACUGUGACUCUUAGUAGGAGUAUGUGCUUGUACAUUUAUAUCACACUCUGAUACAUGCAUGGUUCUCGUUUUCAAAGCUCUGAGCAGGUGAUCAUGCAGACCUGGGCCUUGUUUCACGAAGCAGUCUUAGCGCAAUGAUCACCUUGAGUGCAUGAGAUAGUGAUGCACUUGAGGUGAAUCUUAGGGCUAAGAUCGCUUCGUGGAAUGGUACCCUGUACAGCAAGAUCACCCAGUAUGUGCAUUCAUUUGGAAAAGAAGCAAAUAGUCAUACAAAAUUAUACAGAUACACCUCGGUGACAGCUGGUACAUACUACUGAUGUAGAUUAUCGCUAUCAGUUGGAUACAAGAAAAUUGUGAUAGAUUUUUAAAAAAUCAGUAAAGAUUAAAAAUAAAUUGUGACUGCCAUUGAGGAACAAUUUUAUUUUGGUUUAUAAAACAUAAUUUUUUUUCUCAAGAUUCACAUGUAUAGUGUAGACUGCUAUAUAAAAUCUUUAUUUAACUUUGAGCCCUAGGCCAGAAUAUAAAUGGUUAAUGUUUUAUAAAUACAUAAGCCAGCCUUGCUUCUGCAGAUACAUACUUAGUUUAAGGUGCACAUGAAUACACAGCAUAUAAUACAGUAUUAAGGAUGCCCUUUAUUUCUGGAUUGUACCUUGUUUCAAGCUUUGUAUGAGAGUCUGUUAAAACAUUAGGCCCAUGGUUAGACCAUAAAAGAUUUUGUAAGUACGGUGUACUUAUAGUCCAUCCCAUCCUCCUACUAAAAUGUGGAAAGGACUAGAAAGAAACCCAAGUCUUAAGGAUGUCCCAGAUAUGUAGCUUUUUUCCCGUAUUCAUGACCUCGCACGUGUACUAGUAUAUAGAGUUUUACUGAUGUGGUACUAAUUUAUCAGAUUGAAAAUAUCCUCAUUGUCUUGCUAAUGCUUGGUGAUACAGUGAAACCCCUUUAAACUGAACACUGAUGGGACCUACAUGUAGUAAACAGGUUUUGUUUUAAUAGGUGCCCAGUUUAGAGAGGUUCUGUUCUAUACUGAUAAUAAUAUCAUAUUUCAAAGGAGACUGAAAAACAUCUGGUUUACAGACUAUCCGUUUUUAAGGGGUUUCAUUGUAUAUAGAACUGAAGAUUUUGCGACUUUAGUUAAUUAGUUACUGUAAUAUUAUUAGUUAAUGUAAUAUUAGUUGAUAUUAGUCACUGUAAUAUUAUUAGUUACUGUAAUAUUAGUUAAUAUUAGUCACUGUAAUAUUAUUAGUUACUGUAAUAUUAUUAGUUACUGUAAUAUUAGUUACUUUAAUAUUAUUAGUUACUGUAAUAUUAGUUAAUAUUACCUUCUGUAAUAUCAAUUCUUUGUUGUUAUUUUUAAUAAUUCGGUACGAAUAAAACCCCCCACAAAUAUUUCAUUAAUAGCUCAUCACUUAAUAGGCUGUUUAAUAAAUAAAUAAAAAUUAACUUACAGCUUGAAGAACAUAGCCUAAGGAUGGUUACGGAAUGCAUUAUGUUUGCAUUCAAAGUACAUGUUAAAAAGAGUGUGUGGAGGAUAAAAUUACUUAAUUGUUGAAACCAAAUGUCUGAUAUCCAAUAACUGAUGAUUAAGAAAUAAAUGUGCUGUAGUAGUGUCGUUAAACAAAACAAACUUUAACUUUUCCUAAUUGUUGAUUAGCCCAUACCAAAAAAGGUAGAUUACUUUGUUUUUUAAUGAUAAACCCUUCGAAUAAAACAUAAGCAGAUUUCAACUCACUCCUGUACUGUUUUAACCUAAUAUUGUCUGUUAUUUUUUAUUUUGUAACUUGAUGGAUUUUAUAGUCUUUACUGCAUACCCCUGGUAUAUAUAUAUAUAUAUAUAUAUAUAUAUAUAUAUAUAUAUAUAUAUAUAUAUAUACAUCUUAUUUAAUUUAUGAUUUUCAUCAAUUUGUCUUUCUAAAAAAAAAAAAAUCUUUGUCGUCAAAAGCUCAUAACGCACAAGUUAAUAUAAUUUUGUGUUUGAUCUUGUUCAGUGUUUGUUAGUUAACCGAAAUGUUUAAGUGUGUAAAUUAGACUAUGAAAAUAACAAUGUAAAUUAAUACAUGGGGGAGGCUGGAGGCAUUGUCAUUAUUUUAUACCUUGUAAGUCUGCUGCAGUCUUGUUUGUAUAUUUUGGGUUUGUAUGUCAAUUAUUUGUGGACGGGGCCUAGAGGAAAAACAUGGGUUUCAAGGUUUAAAUUUUUUUUUUUUUAAUUAUAAUUAUAAUUAUAUAUACAGUGAAACUCCUCUAAACAGGAGCCAGUGCACCAUGACUGGUAUAUCAAAGGCCGUGGUAUGUACUACCCUGUCUGUGGGAUU